AUGGUUGUCUUCAUCUCCCUCCCCUCAGACGAGGAAAUUGAGGCCUUUGAGAAAAUAGUUCUCCAGCAAAGCUAUCAUUCUACCAACCGGGUUCUGACUCGCGAGGCUCUCCAAGGCUGUAGUCCAUUCAACCCCAGCGGCAAUAAGAUCCUCGCCCUGGCUGGCGACGCGAUUCUCCGCCAAGUUCUCGUCGACCAGGGCCGAGACAGAGAAAAGUCUCCAGAAGAGAUCCAGAACGUCAUCACCCAGGUGGCCUCUAAUAACAACCUAAACGACCGUGGCAUUGCCCUAGGACUUGACCCCUUCAUCGUGAAGAACCCGGGCCAGUGGGGCCUUGUGGCUGGGAAAAAUGUUAUGGCUACCACCAUGGAAGCCAUAAUUGGCGCAGUCCACUAUGACUCCAACAAGAAUCGCGAUGCUUGCGAAAAGGUUAUGGCUGCCCUCGGCCUCGCCUUUCCUGAGUGA